GUGAAACUUGUUCACGCGAGAUGCAUGGUGGUCACAAUACUAUUUCCGGUUCCAGUGAACAACACUUGUUUCAAAAGUGUGUUUCCGCACACUAGUGACACAUUCCUUGCCAUGGUCCAUCCUUAAUCCUGGCUCCUUGGGACAGUCACAUUGGACUCAAGCUCUGGGAGAAUUAAGCCAUCCGACAUGCCCCUCCAGCCCAUGGAAGCGCACAUUCUACACAUCCAUUCGUUAAAGGACUACGGGACUAAAGGUGAACUCUGACAGGACUGCAUGAGAAGGCCCCUGUGUGAUUCUACAGGCUGAGGCCAGCCGCUGCUAUCUGGAGUCAUGGAGAAGAUGUCUCGGGUCACCACGGCGCUAGGCAACAGCUCCAUCAGCGGCCGUACCAUGUUCUGCCACCUGGACGCGCCCGCCAACGCCAUCAGCGUGUGCCGCGACGCCACGCAGGUCGUGGUGGCCGGCAGGAACAUCUUCAAGAUCUACGGCUUGGAGGAGGACCAGUUCGUGGAGAAGCUGAACCUGCGCGUUGGCCGCAAGCCCUCGCUCAACUUUAGCUGUGCCGACGUCAUGUGGCACCAGCUGGAGGAGAACCUGCUGGCCACGGCCGCCACCAACGGGGCCGUGGUCACCUGGAACCUGGGCAAGCCCUCGCGGAACAAGCAGGACCAGCUGUUUACCGAGCACAAGCGCACCGUCAACAAGGUGUGCUUCCACCCCACCGAGGUGUACAUGCUGCUCAGUGGCUCGCAGGACGGAUACAUGAAGUGCUUCGACCUGCGCAAGAAGGAGUCGGUCAGCACCUUCUCAGGUCAGUCAGAGAGUGUGAGAGAUGUCCAGUUCAGCAUGAAGGACUACUUUACUUUUGCUGCUUCCUUCGAGAACGGGAACGUUCAGCUGUGGGACAUCCGGCGGCCCGACCGGUACGAGAGAAUGUUCACCGCCCACACCGGACCCGUGUUCUGCUGCGACUGGCACCCCGAUGACAGGGGUUGGCUGGCCACAGGCGGCAGAGACAAGAUGGUGAAGGUGUGGGACAUGACCACGAACCGGGCCAAGGAGAUCUACUGUGUCCAGACCAUCGCCUCCGUGGCCAGGGUGAAGUGGCGCCCAGAGAGGAAGUGGCACCUGGCCACGUGUUCCAUGAUGGUGGACCACAACAUCUACGUGUGGGACGUCCGUCGUCCCUUCAUUCCCUUCGCCACCUUCGAGGAGCACAAGGAUGUGACCACGGGCAUCGCGUGGCGCCAUCAGCACGACCCCGACUUCCUGCUGUCGGGCUCCAAGGACAGCACGCUCUACCAGCACAUGUUCAAGGACGCCAGCCGGCCCGUGGACAAGGCCAACCCAGAGGGGCUGUGCUUCGGACUGUUUGGCGACCUGGCCUUCGCCGCCAAGGAGAGCCUCAUCAGCGGAGACCCCAACAGGAAGCCGUACCCCGGAGGAGACCGCCGCUACCCCAUCUUCUUCUUCAAGAAGCCCGACCUGACGGAGCAGUUCGCUCACGUGUCCAGCGUCCUCAGCGUGUUCGAGACGGACCUGGAGAGCAGCCGCAUGGACUGGUUCGUCAAGACCGCUCGCCUCUACCUCCUCAGCGGGAAGCCUUUCGCAGAGCUCUGCGACCACAACGCCACGGUGGCCAAAGAACUCAACAGACCUCAGGUUUCAACCACAUGGACCAUGCUCCGAAUCAUGUUCUCCGACCCGGCAAACCUCUCGACGCCGGUUCCAAACCACAACAUGGGCAAGCUGGCCGCCUUGCCUCUGAUGAACAGCUUCAGCAUGAAGGAGAUGGGGACGGAGAACCGUCUGGACCGCAACAAGGGAGAGAGCCGCCAGGAGAACCCUCACCUGGAGCCGGGGAACUCUCACAUCAGCAACAACAACGACGAGAACGAGGAGACGGAGGGGAGCGAGGGCCAGGCGGAGUACAUGUUCGGGGAUGCAGAGCUGGAAGAUGAUGACCUGUACUCCAUAGAGCAGGACAACCAGGCUGCCGAGGAGCUGGAGUUCACGCUCCCCCAGGAGGCGUUCCCGCUGCGCCACGAGAUCAUGGACAACCCCUCUGCCCCGGAGCCCCUGCAACAGGACAAGGCCGACUCGCCGCACGUCAGCGGCAACGAGGCGGAGGUGGCGUGCCUGACGCCCAUCGAGUCGCUGUCCCUCAUCUCCAUCUCCCAGCCUCUCUUCAGCCCCCACCUCCCCGCACGCUUCUUCUGCCCCGUGGUGAGGGAGAUGCUGGGCCACUACGCUGAGCAGGGGGACGUGCAGAUGGCCGUGUCGGUGCUCAUCGUCCUGGGAGACCGCAUCCGCAAGGAGAUCGACGACCUCACCCAGGAACACUGGUACAUGUCCUACAUCGACUUGCUGCAACGCUUCGAGCUGUGGAACGUCUCCAACGAGGUGAUCAAACUGAGCACGUGCAGUGCCAUCACCUGUCUGAACCAGACUUCCACCACCCUGCACGUCAACUGCAGCAACUGCAAACGGCCAAUGAGCAACAAGGGCUGGAUCUGCGACAGGUGCCACCAGUGUGCCAGCGUGUGUGCUGUGUGCCACCAUGUGGUGAAGGGGCUGUUUGUGUGGUGCCAGGGCUGCAGCCACGGGGGGCACCUGGAACACAUGAUGAACUGGCUGAAGAGCAGCUCUCACUGCCCUGCUGGCUGUGGUCACCUGUGUGAGUACACCUGACCUCCACCCAGCCCAGCUCCACCCAGCCCAGCUGCCCCCCACCUGCUGCUGUUUGGGGGAGUGGGAGUACAUCUCCUCACCCCUGGCACACCAGGCUGGGGCCGUGCUACCGGGGGUCUGGGUCAUAACCCUAACCCCAGGGGGUGUGGACUGCAUUGAGUCCCUUCCAGUGUACGCCUAGCUGUAGGCGUGGGGAGGAGAGUCUAGCAGGGUGGCUGUGUUGGAGCUGGGAGAGCUGGGGGCGAAGCAUAGCCCACUGAAUCAGCCAAUCAAAGAGAACAAGCAGACUCAUGAUUGUGUUUGGGACGAGCCCCACCCACUUUUUAUAUCCAAUGGAUGAAUGCUCAUGAAAUGUAUACAAUCACUGUUUGUGAAUAGACAGUAUAUAUAUAUUUGCUAGGAUUGCCUUUUUAAGCUCUUCGGUGUAUUGCGCAGCUGGCCUUGAUUCACAUGCGGUUAGGCAGAAAAAAUGUUUGCUGUUCUAAAUGUUUGUAAAUAGAGAGACUUAUUUUGAGAAGAGUUCUGUUUGAUGUUCAUUGUGAGGGUGUUGAUUUGCCAAUAUUAUUAUUUAACCAUCCAGAUCUUCCACUAAACAUGUUUAGCACAGUGUUUUCUAGGGCAAUAAAUAUUUUGCUAAAAAUGUUUUCUCUUGAAUGUGAACUUGUCUGAUCUUACUGGACUGAACAGGGACAGGAAACCAAAAGUUAAUAAAUGUUUUAUUAUUUGAA